AAGAUAGAAGAAAGAGAAAGAGCACAAAAAAAAAAAAUCCCAAUUUCUCUCACAAUCUCUUCGAUUGAAAAUCUCAUUUACUUUCGAUUUUCAUCUUUUGAAACUGUACAUAAUACUAUACAACUUAGAUCGAUUUGUUCUUCUUGUUUGUGUAUAAUUCUCCAAAAAAAAACUUUUUUUGUUUUGUUUUGUUUCCUCUUCUGUUGAAUUUCGAUUUCAGAAAUUCGUUUUAAUUUCUGAAAAGUAGUAAAAACCAUGGUGGUAGCAACGACCAUAGCGCUGCUAUACGCGAGUCCACCGAACACCGUAUGCUCCACACCUCACCAGAUCACCUCCCACGUCUCCUCCUGCGAUCUCGAUCUCAACCCCAGAUCUUCGCCGUCCACCGCCUCUCCCACCAUCGGAGGCCUCUCCCUGCUUUUCUCCGGCGCAUCCGUCAAAUCCUCCUCCGCAUCUUCUCACCAAGCCGUAGGAGGAGACGAAUUAGCCUCCACACGAACCGAUGAUCGAACCCUAAGCGGCUCCUUCUGUUACUCCCCGAGCAAAUUCAUCUCUUCACCGUACCUCAAACGAGACCACCAAAGCCCCGUCUCCGUGUCGGUGCUCCACGCUCCGAUCUCAUCGAGCAGCAGCCCUCCGAUGAGAACCUUCGGCGGCGUCGGCGUUGGAGGAGGAUCGCUCCGUGUUGGAUCCAGCAGAUCGUUCAACGGUUUCGUGAGGAAAGCUGUAGGCUCGUGUGUGGACCACGACUUGGACGAGCAGCUACCUUUCACCAUGGACGAUGGUGGCUUCGAAGAAGAAAGACAGCCGUACGCUAGAGAUUUGCUUAGACGCGCUCAGCUCAAACACAAAAUCUUCGAAGAUGAGUCUGUUAUCAAAGCCUUUUACGAAGCAGAGAAAGCUCAUCGAGGACAGAUGAGAGCAAAUGGUGAUCCUUACCUGCAGCAUUGCGUUGAGACUGCUAUCUUGUUGGCUGAGAUCGGAGCUAACUCCACCGUUGUUAUAGCUGGGAUUUUGCACGAUACUCUAGACGAUUCGUUUAUGAGCUAUGAUUAUAUCCUCAGAACUUUUGGUUCUGGAGUUGCUGAUCUUGUCGAAGGGGUGUCUAAGCUUAGCCAGCUAAGCAAACUUGCUCGGGAAAACAACACGGCGUGUAAAACCGUCGAGGCAGAUCGUUUGCACACUAUGUUCCUCGCGAUGGCUGACGCGAGAGCUGUUCUCAUCAAGUUAGCUGAUCGGUUACACAACAUGAUGACGCUCUACGCUUUGCCUCCUGCUAAGAAGCAGAGGUUUGCUAAAGAGACGCUGGAGAUAUUCGCGCCUUUGGCUAAUCGGCUGGGAAUCUCUAGCUGGAAAGUGGAGCUUGAGAAUCUGUGUUUCAAGCAUCUUCAUCCUGACCAGUACCAUGAGAUGUCAGCUCUGCUCGAGGACUCGUUUGAUGAAGCUAUGAUUACGUCUGCGAUUGAGAAAAUGGAGCAGGCGCUUAAGAAAGAAGGCAUUGCUUAUCAUGUUCUCUCUGGACGGCACAAGAGCUUGUAUAGCAUCUACUGCAAGAUGUUGAAGAAGAAGCUAACGGUGGAUGAAAUUCAUGACAUUCAUGGGUUACGCUUGAUUGUUGACAAUGAGAAAGAUUGUUACAAGGCCUUAGGAGUAGUUCACAAACUAUGGUCUGAAGUUCCUGGAAAGCUCAAGGAUUACAUAACUUAUCCCAAGUUCAAUGGGUACAAGUCUUUGCAUACCGUAGUGAUGGGCGAUGGAACCAUUCCACUUGAAGUUCAGAUAAGGACAAAAGAGAUGCAUUUGCAAGCUGAGUUUGGGUUUGCAGCUCAUUGGAGGUACAAGGAAGGUGAUUGCAAACACUCGUCAUUUGUGCUCCAGAUGGUUGAAUGGGCAAGAUGGGUUGUGACCUGGCAUUGCGAAACCAUGAGCAAAGACAGAUCUUCGAUCUGCUCUUCUGAGCCCUUGUGCAGUUUCCCGUCUCACGCAGAAGACUGUCCCUUUUCUUAUAAGCCUAAUGGUAACCAAGAAGGACCCGUCUAUGUCAUUGUAAUCGAAAACGACAAGAUGACAGUGCAAGAGUUUCCGGCGAGUUCCACGGUCUCGGACCUGUUAAGCAGAGCAGGACCAGGGAGCUCGAGAUGGUCAAUGUACAGCAUGCCAGCAAAGGAAGAGCUAAGGCCAAGGCUAAACCAGACACCUGUAAGCGAUCUGAAAUGCAAGCUGAAGAUGGGAGAUGUGGUGGAGCUGACUCCAGCAAUACCCGACGAGUCUCUGACUGAAUACAGAGAGGAGAUUCAGCGGAUGUAUGAUCGAGGGCUUGCCUUUUCGCGCCCUCAACGUACAGCUGCUGGCACAAUGGUUGGCUGGGGAAGCUAACAGAUUCUUCUGUUUCUUAGUCCAAAAAAGAGAAAAAAAAAAAACAGUUCUUGUUUCUCAUGUAUGUAAGUUGUUAUAUAUGUAAUGCUUCCAAAAAGAUUUGUUGUACGCCAUAGAGGUUGUUGUACCUUUGAACUUGUUGAUUCCAAGAAAACAAUGUAAAUAAUAUUAUAGGCUACGAAGAAACUGACUCCUGGUCAUUAAUA